AUGUCAUACCACUCACUACACCUGUCAGUGAAGCAGGCAGAGAGCAGGGUAGAGGGGUUAGCUUGUGACGUGCAUGUGUUUGUUCGUGUAUGCUUUCUUCUCCUGCACUAAAAGCUCCUGUUGAUUCUUCUCUCUCUCUCGCCUCUCUGUCUCUCUCUCUCUCGCCUCUCUGUCUCUCUCUCUCUCGCCUCUCUGUCUCUCUCUCUCUCCUCUGUCUCUCUCUCUCCUCUCUGUCUCUCUCUCUCUCGCCUCUCUGUCUCUCUCUCUCUCGCCUCUCUGUCUCUCUCUCUCGCCUCUCUGUCUCUCUCUCGCCUCUCUCUCUCUUCUUCUGCCUCUGCUCUCUCUUCGCCUCUCUGUCUCUCUCUCUUCGCCUCUCUGUCUCUCUCUCUCGCCUCUCUGUCUCUCUCUCUCGCUCUCUGUCUCUCUCUCUCUCGCCUGUCUGUCUUCUCUCUCUCGCUCUCUGUCUUCUCUCUCUGCCUCUCUGUCUCUCUCUCUCUCGCCCUCUCGUUCUCUCUCACUCGCCUCUCUGUCUCUCUCUCUCUCGCCUCUCUUGUUCUCUCUCUCUGCUUCGUCUCCUCUCUCUCGCUUCUCUCUCUCCUUCCUCUGCUCUCUGUACUCUACUCUCGCUCUGUGACCUUCUACUAUAGGCCUCCUGUUCUCUCAUCUCUCUAGCCUCAUGUCUCUCUCUCAUACCUGCCUCUGCUCUCUCUCUUAUCUAUGCCUUCUCUCCUUUCAUCUUGCCUCUUCUGUCUCUCGCUUUCUACGCCUACUGUCUCUCUCUCUCCUCUCUGUCUCUGUCUCUCUCUUCCUCUCUCUCUCUCUCUCUCUCUCGGCCUCUCUGCUCUUCUCUCACUCGCCUCUGCUCUCUCUCUCUCGCCUCUCUGUGUGUCUCUCUCUCUCUCUCUCUCUCUCUCUCUCUCUCUCUGCGCUGACCCUGAAACUCUACUGUUGUUGACAGUUUGCAGACAUAGAUAGAAAGCCCUCCCAGGGGAGAGAGUGUCUGAGAGGGGCCAUCUGGGCAGACUAGGCCCUCAGAGCCCUGUCCCCUACACUGAGCCUCUCUCCAGUCUAGUCUGAGUGGGCUCUGUUGUGACUGCCUGUCUGAACCUAGCGGGCCUGCUCUUUCACACACUCGUUCUAUUUCUCUCUCUCUCUCCCUGGAGUUCCUGCAGUCCAGAUUGUGUUUGACUAGACAUCAGCCAGACUCUCUCUCCUUUCUAAUCCAGACAGCCCCAAUCUGGGAUAUCGUUAAAAGUGUCCCAGGGCUGAAGCUGGAUUAGCGGUUUAGCUGUCGCACCCUUUAUCCCUUCCUCCGACACAGGAUAAAUAGACUUCAUGGAUUAGCCCUACAAAAACAGAGGCUGGAACCGGGGCCAACUGGGCAGGACCAGGACAGUGGCAGAGAGGGACACAACAGCACACAUCUCUCCAGGAUAGCAAGGCCCCAGCUGCUACAUGCUAGGCUCUUGGCACCAUCCAAAAUCCCAGAAAACUAGAGGGUUGCGUAAUGAACCUCGAUUACCACUGACUUUAUCCAAGUGAAGUCUUGAAUGUCUUGGAAGUGUGGCAACUGGCAAUGCAAGAUUAAUUCCAACUAGAGGAUUGUGUAAUGUUGUAGUGUGACUGUGAUGUAAGGGGCAUACACCGCUGCUUUGUACACCAUGCUAUUAUACUAUGCAUCAAUGUUUAGUGUUGCUAUUUAUGUAAAGCAGUAGUUUGGAUGAUGUUGUAGACACGCUAGGUACCAUGUUACUAUGCAAAGUAUGCAUCAAUGCUUAAUGUUGCUAUUUUCAUAAAGCAGUGGGUUGGAUAAUGUUGUAGACAUGUCAUAGUUGUUUGUUUCAGAGGUCUAAAUGGAUGCAAAUCACUGUACUGUACAUGGAAAUGCACCACUUUGUUCACAAUACCAAUUCCUACAGUAUGCUACUAUAAAUCGGAGCUUAAAGAACUAUUUGUAAGUUGUUAUGGAGACAAAGCAGAUGCUUGUGCGUUUAUGUAGAGCUUCUUCGUGAAAUUCGGAAAUAUACUGAACAAAAAUAAAAGAUUCCAGAAAUGUUCCAAACGCACAAAAAGCUUAUUUCUCUAAAAUGUUGUGCACAAAUAUAUUUACAUCCCUUUUGGUUAAGUAUUUAUCCUUUGCCAAGAUAAUCCAUCCACCUGACAGGUGUGGCAUAUCAAGAAGCUGAUUUAAACAGCAUGAUCAUUACAUAGGUCACCUUGGGGACAAUAAAAGGCCACACUCAAAUGUGCAGUUUUGUCACACAACACAAUGCCACAGACGUCUCAAGUUUUGAGGGAGUGUACAAUUAGCAUGCUGACUGCAGGAAUGUCCACCAGAGCUGUUGCCAGAGAAUUGAAUGUUCAUUUCUCUACCAUAAGCUGCCUCCAACGUCAUUUUAGAGAAUUUGGCAGUACGUCCAACCGGCCUCACAACUGUAGAUCACGUGUAACCACGCCAGCCCAGGACCUCCACAUCCGGCUUCUUCACCUGGGGGAUCGUCUGAGACCAGCCACCCGGACAGCUGAUGAAGCUGUGGGUUUGCACAACCGAAUAAUUUCUGCACAAACUGGCAGAAACCGUCUCACGGAAGCUCAUCUGCAUGCUCUCUCAGGGAAGCUUAUCUGCGUGCGCGUCGUCCUCACCAGGGUCUUUACCUGACUGCAGUUCAGCGUCUUAACCGACUUCAGUGGGCAAAUGCUCACCUUCGAUGGCCACUGGCAUGCUGGAGAAGUGUGCUCUUCACGGAUGAAUCAUGGUUUCAACUGUGCCGGGCAGAUGGCUAUGUGUGAGCGAGCGGUUUGCGGAACAUUGUGAACAGAGUGCUCCUUGGUGGCAGUGGGGUUAUGAUAUGGGCAGGCAUAAGCUAUGGACAACGAACACAAUUGCAUUUUAUCAAUGGCAAUUUGAAUGCACAGAGAUACCCGUGAUGAGAUCCUGAGGCCCAUUGUCAUGCCAUUCAUCCGCCGCCAUCACCUCAUGUUUCAGCAUGAUAAUGCACAGCCCCAUGUCGCAAGGAUCUGUACACAAUUCCUGGAAGCUGAAAAUAUCCCAGUUCUUCCAUGGCCUGCAUACUCACCAGACAUGUCACCCAUUGAGCAUGUUUGGGAUGCUCUGGAUCGACGUGUACGACAGCGUGUUCCAGUUCCUGCCAAUAUCCAGCAACUUCGCAGAGCCAUUGAAGAGGAGUGGGACAACAUUCCACAGGCCACAAUCAACAGCCUGAUCAACUCUAUGCGAAGGAGAUGUGUCGCGCUGCAUGAGGCAAAUGGUGGUCACCAGAUACUGACUAGUUUUCUGAUCCACGCCCCUACCUUUUUUUUUUUAAGGUAUGUGACCAACAGAUGCAUAUCUUUAUUCCCAGUCAUGUGAAAUCCAUAGAUUAGGGCCUAAUGAUUUUUUUCAAUUGACUGAUUUCCUUAUAUGAACUAUAACUCAGUAAAAUCUUUGAAAUUGUUGAUUGCUGCGUUUAUAUUUUUGUUCAGUGUAGAUAUAAAUGAAUUCCUUUUGCACGUUCCCCUCUGCAGUUGAUCAAUGUUGUUGUCUGCUCUGAUUCCCAACACACACACACACACACACACACUCUGAUUCCCCUCACAUAGUUCAUUAAGUUUUCUGUCAGGUAUCGCCCGUCUGUUUCCCCACACGCCUCCACAGACACCUCGCCUGUUUACCUCUCAGGGAGAAAGAUAAGCCUGCCUCCUGUGUGUGUCUCUCUCUCUCUCUCUCUGUAUUUCUCUCUCUCUUGCUCUCUUGCUUUCUCUCUCUCUCUCUCUCUCUCUCUCUCUCUCUCUCUCUGUAUUUCUCUCUCUCUUGCUCUCUUGCUUUCUCUCUCUCUCUCUCUCUCUCUCUCUGUAUUUCUCUCUCUCUCUCUCUCUCUCUGUAUUUCUCUCUCUGUAUUUCUCUCUUUCAUUAUGCUCUAUUUUUUUCUCUCCUUCCUUCUCUUCUCCCAUCUCAUGUAUAUUCAUGACGCACCAACAACCAGUAUUCGCCCUGAAUGCCUUGUUUCCUGGCUGGUUGUGGAUACAGAACACACUCACACACACACUGAAACACAUGUAUACAUACACACACACACUGAAACACACACACACAAAUUCUCCACACUCACACACCACACACAAGUCUCUCUUGUUUUUGCCAGUGCGGGCAAUUAGGAGGCAGAAGGCAGUAAGUGUGUCGACGGAGUGAAGGAGCAGAGGAAUCGAGGAGAGGAACCCCCUGUGGAUAUGCUUUAGAUUUAAGAGCAUGGUGUCUGCUGAGUUCUUGCCUAGAUUGAAUUCACACCCGUGGUUAUAAUCCUGUAGUUUGAUUCCUUCCCAAUCCCCUCUGGACUACACUCUGCAGUGGCAAAAUACCCCUCUUCCAUCUCCCUCCCUCCCUCUCUUCCAUCCUUCUUCUCUACUGCCCUCAGUCUUCUUCUCUUCCUUCUACCCCUCCUCUCUCAUGCUCUUGUAUGAGACCUUCUUUUAUUUAAAUAUGAGAGAACAUGGUGCAGUAGCAUUGGUGUCCUAUAUUUAGAUGUGGAUAGGCGUGCAAGGUGUGUGUGUGUGUGUGUGCGUGCAUGUGAAUUCAAUGCGAAACCGUGCGUGUGCAUGCCUGUGGGAGUGUGUUUGUGUCUCUAUGUGUGUUAGUAUGCGUCCAUGCAUGUGGUUUUGCCACCCACAGCCAUUGACAGGAGUGUUCCACUCCCAUGGUGAAGCGUGUUAACAGGGACCUUCCUCCCAGGUCAUUUUAUCUCAUGUCACGUACAGCCCUAUCUGGUGUCCUUUCCUCCUGAAAAACCACAGUGGUUCUUCACACACACACACACACACACACACUUAGUUCCUCAGGGCACGGUGGCUGCAGCAGUAAUGGGGCCAUCACAAGACUAUCACGUCUGGUUUAGGAGAUGGCAGAAUGAGGAUUUGGGAUGAUCAUGAUGGUGUUUGUGUGUGUGUGUGUGUGUGUGUGUGUGUGUGUGUGUGUGUGUGUGUGUGGCAGCUGUGAAGGAGAUGACUCCGGGGCCUGAUUUUGUAAAUGUAACAGCCUCAAUGCCCUUACAGAGGUUUACAACAAGGCAACGACAUCAGUCCAGAAGAAUUUGCCUCAGCCACGACCACUAACACUCUGUGAGGCGAUUACCAUACUGAUAUAUAUAUAUAUAUAAUUCAAUACAGCCACUGUCUAUGGUUCUGCAUGCUGAAUGGGAAGCAGGAGCUUAUAGCUUCACCCUCCGUUAGCACUGUGAUAUGGUUGCUGAUAACAUAGCCUAUACAUGUCAUUGUGCUUCUGUAUAGAAAAUAGAGAGAGAGCAGUGGAGACUGAAGGGAAAAGGAGAGGUAGUACAGAGAGAAAGGGAGAGGUAGUACAAGGAGAAAAGGGAGAGAUUGCGAUGAAUCUGGAUACAGAGAGGUAUCAAGAAAGGUGGAGACAGAGAGAGAGAAUGCAUCAAUGUGUGAGACAGGAAGAAAGAGCUAAGAGAGACAGAUGUGUGUGCAUGUCUUUGCCCCAGCCAGUCAGCCUAUUGUGGCAGCUAGGAUACCUCUCUGUUUCUGCCCCUAGGCCUGAUAUGAUCAAACUAGCAGAUGCUAUUAUAGCACUGAGUGGUGUGGUCUCAUUUAAUUUCAAGUCGACAGUUUUAUGUUUUUCCAGCUUGAAAAUACAUUACCGGCCUCUGUUAUGGGAAGUCCAAACUGAAUUAGACAGCCACUGAUGAAACAAUGUACUGUACAACAAAAUGUACUGUUAAUGGUAGCCAGAAAACAGACAUUGACUGACACUGUCCCAAUGCAGUGUCAGAUAGGUUUUACUAGUCUGUUUUGAUUGUCUCAUUCUUUGAAGUGCGCUUGUCUUUAUUUGGCUUUUACAAAUCCCUGGCUCAAAUUCACUUUGCUAUAGUGCCAAAUGCAUGGCCUUGAUUUUUUCAUAACAUGCUCUCAAAGUCUUUAUAGGAAUGAAAAACAAUGAUAACAAAGUUAUAGCCUUCCAGACCAUGGAUUAGAUGUGUCUUAAGAGAAACUCUCUCUCUUACGUCUUACUCUUAUGGUUGGGUUGGAAGGGUUAAUAUGAAGGGGGAGAGCGACCACAUUGCUUCCAGUAUAGAGUCCAGUACUCUACUGUUGUUCCACCUGUUAUGACCCUCAUACAGCCCCCCAAACCACACACACUCACAUACAGGACACACCCUCUACUUCUGUGUACAUGUCUCUCUCUUUCCCCCUCUGUCGUUUCCUCUCUCUACUUAUCCUUCUCUUCCUCUUCCUCUUCCUCUUCCUCUCUCUCUCUCUCUCUCUCUCGCUCUCUCUCUCUCUCUCUCUCUCUCUCUUCGUCAAAGCACUAGCUCCUUGUUUCCUAGCAUUAGCUUAAUUACUUUUAUCAGCAGCCGGAGCUCCUGUCUCGCAGAGGAGAGUCAUUAUCUCCCUCAUUUCCUUCCCACCAGCCUCCUACAGACACAGAGACAGACACACACACACAGAGACACACAGAGACACUGUUGCACAUUUCCACACAGACAUGGGAGUGCACAGACAGGCACACACACAUAUGGAUGUACUCACUCCCACAGACACACACACACACACACUUACACUGGCACAGAGACAUUAGCUCUCCCUCUCCCUCAGAGAUUCAUGUAUGAGCAGCAUGCAGUCAUAGCCACUUGGCCCACAGUGAGUCAUACUACAGGCUCUGACUCUUCACAAGGUUACAGCACCACUCUCUCUUUAUCACUAGCAGUAGCUAUCACUUUAGAAUCCUGCUCAGGCCAACACAGCCCCCAGGGUACAGACUGGCUGUGACGGAGCACUGGGUGAGUCACCAGGACUGAGCAGCUGGGCGUGUGUGUUUGAAGGGGGGAGGGGGGUGGAACUGUGUGUGUGUGAGUGUCUCUCUCUCUGUGUGUAUGUGUAUCUUCUGCGCUCUCAACCUGUGUGAGUGGUUAUUACCGUGUUUUGGAGUGUGAGGUCAUGCAGAGUUUAGAGGGACAGCCGGCCAGUGUUCGAAAGAGGCAUGUGCCACACACACAUUGUACUGGCCAUGCUAUGGGAGGUACUGACUGAGGGACAGCUGGUAGAUGUGUGUGUGUGAUUGGCAGAUUGGGAAGCAGUCAGAGGCCAACAGUAGAGACACACACACACCAGCCUCCCUCAGAACAAAUAGGGGUAUCCACCUCCUCAUAAUCUGUCACUUUCUGUGUGUGUGUGUUGUAUGCUUGCUUAUCUCUCUUAAACCCCUCCUCUCUGCCAAUGGGGGAUUUGAAUUCAAUAGAACAGAAAUUGGGGCAUAUUUUGCAUAUAUGCAGAUUUCCCUCCACAGGAAAAGGAGGUCAGCUAGUACAACACUGGUUCCAGGUUAUAGUUAUUUUUGGAACAAAGAUCUAUGGUAUACAGUGGGGCAAUUCCACGGUAACAGAAUGAUGCUGAGACUCCGAUUUUUCACUUUAAAAUGUGUGUCAAACAAAAGCAUUCAACUCUUUGCACAAGGACAACUUUUAACAAUUUCCACAGAACAUUUGACAAAAACACAUUUACUUGAAGAACAGUGCAGAUUCAAAGUUUGGUAACAGAAUGACGACACAAACCAUCAUUCUGUUACCAAACUUUGCAGUCAUUCUGUUACCAAACUUUGAAUCUGCACUGUUCUUCAAGUAAAUGUGUUUUUGUAACAUUUUCAGUGGAAAUUGUUAGAAGUCCUCCUUGUGAAUAGAGUUGUAGGGUUUGUUUAACUAAGCAAUCAUUGGUUUUUGUUUGACAUUCAUUUUAAAGUGAAAAUUCUGAGUCUCAGCAUCAUUCUGUUACCGUCAAAUUGCCCAGUAGUAGAGUUGAUGAAGAUCACUAGCGCGGUUAGCUCCAUUUAAAAAUUGGCCAAUAUGUGACAUAUCACAACUGCCUAUACAUUUAUAACCCACUAUUAUUUACAUUAGUAAGCCUAAAAUAUAACCCAUGUCUUUUCUUCCUGCUUGGUGCACAUUGUUUCCCGUGUUUACAGUGGCAGUCCAUUUCACUUGUGGCCUGGGAAGAGUGGCGCCAUAGCCCCAUGGCAGAGACAGAGAGAGAACGAGAGAAAGCUAAGAUUAAUGGGUGUUUACUGAGACCAGCGAAGGCUAAGAGACUGAGCCAGGUCAUUUCUCUCCACUAAGAUGACGGGUCAUCCACCAUAGAGUGUGGAGACACUGUAGGAGACGAUGCAGGCCCCACUCCCGUGCGGAAGCUGAGUUGGUUUGGCAUCAGACAUAGACAAGGAAAUAAAGAGUGGAGGUGUAAGUUCAUAUGUUUGAACUAAUCUGUCUAGGUAGAAGUUGCCUUUAUAGACAAUAUAAGCAAUUUUUCACUCCAAAACAAACUCAUCCAGAAAGAGCAAUUCCACCAAGACUCAUACUACAACUUCUCCCACUCACACCUAAAAUCCAAUUCAUGUUCUAUCAACCGGAAUCCUCUUCCAUCCAACCCUAAAAACCCAUUUAACUCCACUGAGUGUUUGGUCGUUGUCUCUCAGGGAGCUCUCUGGCCCGGUUACGGAGUGUUAGUGUCAGCCAUUGAUGUUGAUGGAUCCGGAAACAGAGUGGUUGUGACAGAUGGUGUCUCUGUGGGGACAGGAGGGGGUCUGGGUCUGGUGUAGUGCUGGUGUGGUGUGGUGGCAGUCUGGUCAGGUCCUACUGUGGAGCCUCCAGAUGAUCACGUUCAGGUUGACUGACCUAGACUAGGACGCAUGGGGCCUGGGUUGGGGCAUGGAAUAUCCUUUCACCUGGCUUUGUGAAUGGACGUAUGGGAGGUUAGGGGGGAAAUAUGUAUGGUACAUGGCAGUUAUGAGAUGUAUGGUGUAUUCUAAGCAGUAUUUUCCCCAUUGCAUAUGGGGGAAAUACACUGAGUGUACAAAACAUUAGGAACACCAUCCUAAUAUUGAGUUGCACCCUUUUUUGCCCUCAGAGCAGCCUCAAUCCACCGUGGCAUGGACUUUACAAGAUGUCGAAAGCGUUCCACAGGGAUGCUAGCACAUGUUGACUCCAAUGCUUCCCACAGUUGUGUCAAGUUGGCUGGAUGUCCUUUGGGUGGUGGACCAUUCUUGAUACACACGGGAAACUGUUGAGCGUGAAAAACCCAGCAGCGUUGCAGUUCUUGACACACUCAAACCAGUGCGCCUGGCACUUACUACCAUACUUAAAUCUUUUGUUUUACACAAUCCAUGUUUCAAUUGUCUCAAGGCUUAAAAAUAAUUAUUUAACCUGUCUCCUCUCCUUCAUCUAUACUGAUUGAAGUGGAUUUAACAAAUGACAUCAAUAAGGGAUCAUAGCGUUCACCUGGAUUCACCUGGUCAGGUUAUGUCAUGGAAAGUGUAGGUGUUCCUAAUGUUUGUACAGUCAGUGGAUGUACAUGGCAAUACAUGAAUAUAAAGGAUCUGCAUGAUACUUCCUUAAACAAUAUUUGUGGUAAGCUCUUCCAAUGGUUUCCACAUCAUUAUGUUGGCUUUCAUGUACCCACUCUAAUGUCAGUGGGUUUUUGUAGUGUAGUCUUGUUGUCUUAUGUUUGUCACGACCAUGCUUAAAACCAUUUGUGACUAUUUGACUCAACUCUCUUCCCUCUGUUUUGUGUCUUCAGGUUUUGAAUGAAGAAUGCGACCAGAACUGGUACAAGGCAGAGCUGAAUGGGAAGGAAGGCUUCAUCCCCAAGAACUACAUAGAAAUGAAGGGACACCCGUAAGUAUGAGCCAGCCUUAGAUACCAGUUGCCUUAUAUGAGCCUGCCACAAGUCCACAUGAAACUGGAGAGCCAAAAUGGCAACGUUCACCUCCCCCAAAUUACCUCAUGUUUAACCUGGAGCUCAAAAUUGGGGUAUCAAACGUGAGGUUCUAAUGUUGGAAGGUUCCAGUACUAGUUUGUCAAAUGUCUUUUUUCCAAAGGGCAUUUCUUUGUGCUAAAUAUCAGAUGAAAAGUAACUUCAUAGACAGUUUUGCUUCCCUAGUUCCCAUGGUUAGAACCAUUCGGAAGACUCUUGAGCCAGAGUCUAGCUAAAUCCUGUGGCUAGGAUAAAUGCUCCUCUGGUCUGAAGAUAAGGUGGAUAAAGGACUCCUCAUGCUGCUGCUGUGGUCUGGAAGCUAGCCUGGAAGCGGCCCUGCUUUCUAGAGCUGAUUUGUGGGUUAUAGGCCUCUGAGAUCCAUGUGGUCGCUGGGUUGUCGGUUUGGCAUCCCAGAAUCCCUCAUCAAGUGGCAUCGUCAGUCUUGACUCCUGAGUCUGUUUCUGCUGCGUCAGACCUCCACAAUCGCCCUCUGGCCCAAUUUAGUCUAUUUGGAUAUUUCUACAUACCCUCCACUUAACAUACAGUGCAGUCGGAAAGUAGUCAGACCCCUUGACUCUUUCCACAUUUUGUUACGUUUCAGCCUGAUUCUAAAAUUGAUGAAAUUGUUUUUUUCCCUAAUCAAUCUACACGCAAUACCCCAUAAUGACAAAGCAAAAACAGGUUUUUAGAAUUUUUUGCAAAUUUUAUAAAGAAUAAAAAAACGGAAAUAUCACAUUUAUUCAGACCUUUUACUCAGUAGUUUGUUGAAGCACCUUUGGCAGCGAUUACAGCCUUGAGUCUUCUUGGGUAUGACGCUACAAGCUUGGCACACCUGUAUUUGGGGAGUUUCUCCCAUUCUUCUCUGCAGAUCCUCACAAGCUCUGUCAGGUUGGAUGGGGAGCGUCGCUGCACAGCUAUUUUCAGGUCUCUCCAGAGAUGUUCGAUCGGGUUCAAGUCCGGGCUCUGGCUGGGCCACUCAAGGACAUUCAGAGACUUUGUCCCGAAGCUACUCCUGCGUUGUCUUGGAUGUGUGCUUAGGGAUGUUGUCUUGUUAGAAGGUGAACCUUCGCCUCAGUCUGAGGUCCUGGGCGCUUUGGAGCACUUUUUCAUCAAAUAUCUCUCUGUACUUUGCUCUGUUCAUCUUUCCCUCGAUCCUGACUAGUCUCCCAGUCCCUGCCGCUGAAAAUCAUAAUGCUUCACCACCAUGCUUCACCGUAGGGAUGGUGCCAUGUUUCCUGCAGAUGUGACGCUUGGCAUUCAGGCCAAAGAGUUCAAUCUUGGUUUCAUCAGACCAGAAAAUAUUAUUUAUCAUGGUCUGAGAGUCUUUGGUGCCUUUUGGCAAACUCCAAGCGGGCUGUCAUGUGCCUUUAAUACAUUUGCAAAAAUGUCUUAAAACCUGUUUUCGUUUUGUCGUUAUGGGGAAGUGUGUAGAUUGAUGAGGGGAAAAAAAUAAUUUUAAUACAUUUUUGAAUAAGGCUGUAACAUAACAAAAUGUGGAUAAAGUGAAGGGGUCUGAAUACUUUCCAAAUGCACUGUAGGCCCUAUUGUAUCAAUAUGGGGCACCGUUUGUAACAUGCUAUAUUUUGUAAAGAGCCACGGGGCUUUUGUGUAACUGUCAGAUAGGAGAUGGAUUGUACUGUAACUGUCCUACAGAAGCUCUUUCUACAUAAACUGUUCUUAAAGGUUACUAAAUGGAUCCUAUUCUGAGGGAGCCACUAAAUAGAGAUGGAUUGUACUUUAUAUUCUACAGACGCACACAGUAGCAAAGAGGGGCUUUGUCCUGUAUAGUGUCAGCUGUGUGAGAACGCCUUCCCCACCAUCGCCACCUGCUCUCAGGGCUGCGAGGGCUCUCACGUGAAAGGCCCAUUACACACUGCAACCAAUCAGAGACAGAGGGCCCUAUUAUAGCAGUCAGGAAGAGACUGUCCAUUAGCCUUAAGGUUCCUAUGACUGAUUGGUCAGCUGGGCCUAAAUACAGGAGGGAGGGAAUCACCUGCUCUAUAUAGGAGCAGAUGGUGGAGGAGGGUCCAGGAUAACAAGCAGGCAGAUGGUGGCGCUGGAUAGGAAAAAAACAGUACUCACUUCACUAUGGGGCUGGCCUUGGCCUGGUUACAUCCACCAUGGUUGCUGUUAUCAUGCUGGAAAGGAUCAUGUGAGGAGAAGAUAUCCAAGUCAGCACAGUAUGGUUUGGUUCGGCUCGAUGUUGUGGAAAGGGCUUUGACUCCCUUAUGGAAGCCUGGUAGCCGUGGAUGUCAGUGCUACCACAUCAAAGAGCAGCACUCGACCACAAAGCAGGAAGGACCAGGAUAAUAGGAGGAUAUCCACAUUAUCUCUCUACCCACAGUGUUACUGUUACCUCAGGGUGUUACCUCAGGGAGAUCAGAGCACUGUGGAUGAGGGGGUUGGACUUCUGUCAUCCCUAAGCCUGUUUGUGUGUGAACACCAGGCACAAAGAAUAGCAUUGCUAAAUGCUGAAGGCUUGUGGGUUGAAACCUAUAUGGGUCUGAAACCGAUGGCUUAGAGAUGCUAGUGUUACCUAACAGGUCAAUAUGUGUAUACACAUGUAAUAAACGGAUAACUUGUUCUACUCAUAUCUGCCAUCUUUAUAUGACUAUCGGCUUGUGACACUGUUUGAGGACUCUGCCCCGAUGGUGAUACUGGAUGGGAGACCUGGCUGAAUUAUCAUUCCCUUAUGAGGAACAGCUGGAGUUGAUCAGGUCUUGUCAUGUUGUCUGAGUUCCCAAACGAACAAGCUAAGAGGCUUAGAGCUAGCGUUCACCUGCACUGCCAUGCCCUAGUGCAAAUGCUAUGGCUAUUGCCUAAUGCUUUGAACACACCGACUGCGUCAUUGCGUUUUGGUACACCACUAGUACAUUCAUUUCCAAUGGAACGCUGCGUUUGCCUUGCAGCAUUGUGUUGCAGAGGCAGUUGCAGUGCGUUCUGUGUUGUGCAUACGUUGGAUUUAUCGAACGUAUGCGCCAAACUGUAUGCAUAAACGGGUUGACAGAAAUGGUAGCAGAAGGUGAAUGUUGAAGUUUUGUUGCACACAUAUCUAGAUGAUGCUGCAUACUAUUUUGCGCAAUGACGCAGUCAGUGUGUUCAAAGCGUAAGUCAAGGGUAUGCUAUCGCUCAGAUAAGCUACAGUAUAUGGUAAUGCUAAGCUAUAUUGCUAAAUUAAGCUAUAUAGAUAAAGCUCAGCGUGUGUAUGCUUUCACUGGAGAUAGAGGAGGCAAACAUUGUGUGUUACAACACCUUUGUUGGCACAUUGUGACAUAACACCUUUAUCUGGACAGUAAAAUUCCACACCUGACUAGUCACAGAAGGAAAGGGAGGUCCCAUACACCACCACACAAUGUACACGCGUGCGCAAACACACACACACACACACACACACACACACACACUCUGUAUGGAGUAUCUGUGGGGGUUGGUGACUGACCGCUGGUAUUGGGCACCAGUCAGAGCCAGAGGAGUAGGUAGCAGGUGCGGUUGGCAUGGCACCACACAGAGUUGUCAUUGUCUUGACCCAAGGCUCCACCAGCUCUUUUAUCAGACCAGGAACCUCCCUGUAAUUACAACCUACUAGGACAAAUGCAAAGAGACUAAUUAAAUGGCCCACCGGUACUCACUUACUGCAUUGAUUUCAUUCUAUUUGGCAUGCAAAAUAGAUGUGAUAUUAUGAUUUUGAUAUAAUUGUUUAGUAGUGUUAUUGGUCGCUAUGCACUUCCCCAACAGACACAACAACCACUACAACGGUCAAUAACAGGGGUCAGGUUUGAGGUCAAGCUCUGCUUAAGGCCAUGUUCCUAUGACAUUGAGUCAUACCAAUGACCCUACGCUUUGAGGUUACUCAAAGGUCAAUGCUAACUAGAGACCUGUCACAACCACACCACAAUCAAAUUCUGGUAAGUGCUGCUUUUCCUACAAAUUAAGAAGAAGAAAAAACACCCAGUGUGGUAGAGCUGGUUGAAACAAUGUCAUUACAAUCAAAUGACAACCAUGUAAUAACCUUAUUUCAACCAGUUUUGCCCGCAGGGUGUAUUUUCUUCUUAAUUUGCAGUUAAACAGCACUUAUCACUGUUACUUGCAACUUGUUUUUAUAUUAUUUUGAAUGAGUUAUUAGUGGUUUGUAAUGAUUUGUUGUUGUUGUUGUGUCCCAGGUGGUUCUAUGGUAAGAUCCCCCGGGCGAAGGCAGAGGAGAUGCUGAACAAACAGAGGCACGAUGGGGCCUUCCUCAUCCGAGAGUCAGAGAGCGCACCGGGAGACUUCUCACUCUCUGUCAAGUAUGUCACACGCACACACUCAGUUCAAUCAUUGUAUCACUGAUCGACCCAUCAUAUCCGUUUUCCCUUUUUAUUACAUACAUUUCUCUCCAAUAUCAGUCCUCUGUUUAAAUCAUUGUUCCAACUCUGUGCUAAGUGCUUGCUUUCUCAUGCACAGCUCCCAUCUUGGUUUGCCAGGGUGGCGUCUAGCCAGCUUGACCUGGGAAGUACUGACUGUUCUAAGUCUAGCAGUGUCUGGCCACCCUGUUCCCACUCUAGUCUUUAUGGAAAGUCGCUGUGCAGAUCCACAGAUCCAUAUCAAGUUAAUUGGCUGUGUCAUCUCUGACUCACCUGGGGCUAACCAACAGUCAUCCGCUACUACAGCACUUUGGUCUCUGUCAGAUAGCUCCGGUGUGGGCACUGCUGCCUGUUAUCAAAGCUUUGCAAGCUGCCACUUUCCCUAGUCCCAGGCUCUCUGUCUCUCUCUCUGUGUGUGUGUGUGUGUGUGUGUGUCUGUGUGUGUCGCUACUGCUACAAUUGCGUUGUCCUAGUGUCACAGCUGUGUACCAAACAACCAUCCCUGUCUAAUGCAUUUGUAAUGCAAUCUAAUGAAGUAGGCUAUACAAGUGUGUCUUCUGCGUUGUAUUUCUCUUAAAAAUCCCAAACUCAUGUUAUCAUGCGGGGAGAAAGAAACUGGGCCAACUGGGCUUAAAUCAUUAAUGGAAGCGCUGACACAGAUGGUUAUGAAACUAGUGCACACAAAAAACAGGCCGCCUUCUCUUCCACGUCAUGUAGAUUUAACAGUGUUUUCACUGCUGUCCCCAGAUGGUUACCAUGGUAAAUGUCAUCACUCACUUUCUGUUUAUUCUAUCCUUCUCUCCCUCUUCUUCUUCUUCUUUUCCUCCUCCUCCUCCUCCUCCUCCUCUUCCUCCUCCUCCGCCACAGGUUUGGUAAUCACAGAUCUGGAAUGGUUGGAUUGAUAGAAGUAGUAGGGUGGUCACCUUGUUUAAAGUGAACCAAUCACUUAUAGAUCUAUGCUUCUUCUCCCCAGGUUUGGUAAUGACGUGCAGCACUUCAAGGUCCUGCGUGACGGGGCUGGGAAGUACUUCCUGUGGGUGGUCAAGUUCAACUCUCUCAACUCCCUGGUGGACUACCACCGUUCCACCUCUGUGUCACGCAACCAGCCCAUCUUCCUCAGAGACAUCGAGCAGGUCCCACAGGUGAGGAGGGAGGGACACACACACAGGGAGGGACACACACACAGGGACACACACACACACAGGGACAAACACACACACACACACAGGAACACACACACACACACAGGGACACACAGGGACACACACCCAGGGACACACACCCAGGGACACAGAGGGACACGCACAAACACAGAGGGACACACACACACACAGAGGGACACACACACACACAGAGGGACACACACACAGAGGGACACACACACAGGGGGACACAGAGGGACACACACACAGGGGACACACACACAGAGGGACACACACACACAGACGGACACACACACAUAGGGACACACACGCACACACACAAAUACAUGUACAGUGCCUUCAGAAAGUAUUCACACCCAUUGACUUAUUCCACAUUUUGUUGCGUUACAGCCUGAAUUAAAAAUGUAUUACAUUUAUUUUUUUCCUCACCCAUCUACACACAAUACCCCAUAAUGACAAAACGAAAACAUGUUUUUAGAAAUGUUUGCAAAUGUAUUCAAAAUGAAAUACAGAAAUAUCUCAUUUAAAUACAGUACCAGUCAAAAGGUUGGACACUUACUCAUUCAAGGGUUUUUCUUUAUUUUGUACAAUUUUUACAUUGUAGAAUAACAGUGAAGACAUCAAAACCAUGAAAUAACACAUAUGGAAUCAUGUAGUAACGAAAAAAGUGUUAAACAAAUCAAAAUAUAUUUUAUAUUUGAGAUUCUUAAAAUAGCCACCCUUUGCCUUGAUGACAGCUUUGCACACUCUUGAAAAGAAAAACCUUUGAAUGAGUAGGUGUGUCCAAACUUUUGACUGGUAUUGUACGUAUUCACACCCCUGAGUCAAUACUUUGUAGAAUCACCUUUUGGGAACGAUUACAGCUGUGAGUCUUUCUGGGUAAGUCUCUAAGAGCUUUCCACACCUGGACUGUGCAACAUUUACCCAUUAUUCUUUUCAAAAUCCUUCAAGCUCUGUCAAAUUGGUGGUUGAUCAUUGCUAGACAACCAUUUUCAGGUCUUGCCAUAGAUUUUCCAAGUAGAUUUAAGUCAACUGUAACUCGGCCACUCAGGAACAUUCACUGUCUUCUUGGUAAGCAACUAGUGUAUAUUUGUUCAGUUUUUUUUGCUGAAAGGUGAAUUCCUCUCCCAGUGUCUGGUGGAAAGCAGACUGAACCAGGUUUAUCUCUAAUAUUUUGCCUGUUCUUAGCUCCAUUGAGUUAAUUUUUUUAUCCUGAAAAACUCCCCAGUCCUUAACGAUAACAAGCAUAUCCAUAACAUGACGCAGCCACCACUAUGCUUGAAAAUAUGGAGAGUGGUACUCAGUAAUGUGUUGUAUUGGAUAUGCCCGAAACAUAACACUUUGUAUUCAGGACAAAAAGUUAAUUUCUUUGCCACCUUUUCUUUGCAGUAUUUAGUACCUUGUUGCAAACAGGAUACAUGUUUUGGAAUUUUUUAAAAUCUAUACAGGCUUCCUUCUUUUCACUCUGUCAAUUAGGUUAGUAUUGUGGAGUAACUACAAUGUUGUUGAUCCAUCCUCAGUUUUCUGCUAUCAGAACCAUUAAAGUCUAACUGUUUUAAAGUCACCAUUGGCCUCAUGGUGAAAUUCCUGAGCGGUUUCCUUCCUCUCCGGCAACUGAGUUCGGAAGGAUGCCUGUAUCUUUGUAGUGACUGGUACACCAUCCAAAGUGUAAUAAAAAAACUUCACCGUGCUCAAAGGGAUAUUCAAUGUCUGCUUUUAUUUAAUUUUCUACCCAUCUACCAAUAGAUACCCUUUGCGAGGCAUUGGAAAACCUCCCUGGUCUCUGUGGUUGAAUCUGUUUGAAAUUCACCACUCGACUCAGGGACCUUACAAUUAUCUGUAUGUGUGGGGUACAGAGAUGAGGUAGUCAUAAAAAAAAAAACUAUUAUUGCACCCAGAGUGAGUACAUUCAACUUAUUAUGUGACUUCUUAAGCACAUUUGUACUCCGGAACUUAUUUAGGCUUGCCAUAACAAAGGGGUUGAAUACUUAUUCACUCAAGACAUUUCAGCUUUUCAUUUAUUUAAUGAAUUUGUUAAAAUUUCGAAAACAUAAUUCCACUUUGACAUUAUGGAGUAUUGUGUCUGUGUGUAGGCCAAGGACAAAGAAAACAUAUCAAUUUAAUCAAUUUAAAAUUCAGGCUGUAACACAACAAAAUGUGGAAAAAGUUGAGGGGUGUGAUUACUUGUUCUGAAGGCACUGUAUGUAUACACAGCGCUGCACAUCAUACGGAAUACCAGGGAAAUCCUCAUCUCCGACAAUCAUUUAAUGAGAUUGCAUCACGUAAUCUCAUCUAAGCAAUCAUGCAAAAACACAGCUUAGCCGAUUAUCAGUCAACGACAGUUCACUAAGCAAUUUUGCAGACAAAUACACUACUGUUCACUUAGAAAUGUCCUUGUUUUUGAAAGAAAAGCUAUUUUUUUGGCCAUUAAAAUAACAUCAAAUUGAUCAGAAAUACAGUGUAGACAUUGUUAAUGUUGUAAAUGGCUAUUGUAGCUGGAAACGGCUGAUUUUUAAUGGAAUAUCUACAUAGGCGUACAGAGGCCCAUUAUCAGCAACCAUCAGUCCUGUGUUCCAAUGGCACGUUGUGUUUGCUAAUCCAAGUUUAUCAUUUUAAAAGGCUAAUUGAAAACCCUUUUGCAAUUAUGUUAGCACAGCUGAAAACUGUUGUGCUGAUUAAAUAAGCAAUAAAACUGGCCUUCUUGAGACUAGUUGAGUAUCUGGAGCAUCAGCAAUUGUGGGUUCGAUUACAGGCUCAAAAUGUCCAGAAACAAAUAACUUUCUUCUGUAACUCGUCAGUCUAUUGUUGUUCUGAGAAAUGAAGGCUAUUCUAUGCGAGAAAUUGCCAAGAAACUGAAGAUCUCGUACAACGCUGUGUACUACUCCCUUCAGUGAACAGCGCAAACUGGCUCUAACCAGAAUAGAAAGAGGAGUGGGAGGCCCCGGUGCACAACUGAGCAAGAGGACAAAUACAUUGAGAGUGUCUAGUUUGAGAAACAGACGCCUCACAGGUCCUCAACUGGCAGCUUCAUUAAAUAGUACCCGCAAAACACCAGUCUCAACGUCAACAGUGAAGAGGCGACUCCGGGAUGCUGACCUUCUAGGCAGAGUUGCAAAGAAAAAGCCAUAUCUCAGACUGGCCAAUAAAAAGAAAAGAUUAAGAUGGGCAAAAGAACACAGACACUGGACAGAUGAAGACUGGAAAAAAGUGUUAUGGACAGACUAAUCGAGGUUUGAGGUGUUCGGAAUCACAAAGAAGAACAUUUUUGAGACGCAGACCAAAUGAAAAGAUGCUGGAGGAGUGCUUGAUGCCAUCUGUCAAGCAUGGUGGAGGCAAUGUGAUGGUCUGGGGGUGCUUUGGUGGUGGUAAAGUGGGUGAUUUGUACAGGGUAGAAGUGGAAGGGUAUCAGUCAAUUUUGCAAUGCCAUGCCAUACCCUGUGGACGGCACUUGAUUGGAGCCAAUUUCCUCCUACAACAGGACAAUGACCCAAAGCACAGCUCCAAACUAUGCAAGAACUAUUUAGGGAAGAAGCAGUCAGCUGGGAUUCUGUCUAUAAUGGAGUGGCCAGCACUGUCACCGGAUCUCAACCCUAUUCAGCUGUUGUGGGAGCAGCUUGACCGUAUGGUACGUAAGAAGUGCCCAUCAAGCCAAUCCAACUUGUGGGAGGUGCUUCAGGAAGCAUGGGGUGAAAUCUCUUCAGAUUACCUCAACAAAUUGACAACUAGAAUGCCAAAGGUCUGCAAGGCUGUAAUUGCUGCAAAUGGAAGAUUAUUUGACGAAAGCAAAGUUUGAAGAACACAAUUAUUAUUUCAAUUAAAAAUCACUAUUUCUAACCUUGUCAAUGACUGCAUUUGAUAUAUUUCCUAUUCCAACUCAUUUCAUGUAUGUUUUCAUGGAAAACAAGGACAUUUCUAAGUGACCUGCCCGACUACACACGCCACAUAUUCUAACCAAUGUGUUUCUCCUCUCUUGUCUCUCCAGCAUUCAACGUAUGUGCAGGCGCUGUUCGACUUCGACCCUCAGGAGGAUGGCGAGCUGGGCUUCCGACGCGGCGACUUCAUCCAGGUCCUGGACAACUCCGACCCCAACUGGUGGAAAGGGGCGUGCCACGGCCAGACGGGCAUGUUCCCGCGCAACUACGUCACGCCCGUCAACCAAAACAUGUGA